CGGCGCUAAAAUCGUCAGUUUCGUUUCAGCCUUUCAGCGCAGCUGAUGAGGUUAUAUAUCUGUCAAAAAUGUCAUCGGAGGGAUGUUUGGAUAUGGAAAUACGAAAGUUAAAACCCGGCGAAUUGUACGUUUUGAGCAAUAUAUUAAGCAUAUCCGAUUCUUGGAAGAAACUAAUGGCUAUCGUGCCUAACCAAGAAAAUGUACCUAAAUUCAGUAGCGAUCAUAUCAGCAUAAUCGAGCGAACAGCAUUUGGGAACAAGCGAAACGCAGCUGAAAUAUUUUUAGACGAAUGGAGUACUAUGGGAAGAAAGAGACCAACAUUAAGGAUAUUACUAGAACUUCUCAUAAAAGCAGAAUUAUUUAGAGCAGCUGAUUAUGUAGCAUGCGAUAUAUUAAAACAGGAAAGACCAAAGAGACCAGAUUAUGGUCCAGCUGCUUCUAUCGAUAUAAGUGAUACAGCUCUAAACAAAUUACUAAGAAAGGAUCAAAUGCUUUCACAAGAUACAUCUGAUUCUAUGAUAAUAGGAUCAACAUCGGAGCUAAUUUCAGAAAUUAAUAGAAUGUUUCCUGGUGAGAACCCAAAUAAAGCUGCCAAUGAAAAUAUAUUGGAUGCUGAUAAUUCUUUAAAUUGCGAAAAGUCUACCAGAGUUAUUGCUUCGGUUGAAAGCAUCAAAUCAGAUUUAAUGAAAUUUAGUGUCACAGAUAUUUGUGAAGUAGUGAAGAAACAUACAGAGCACACAUCUGCAUUAACGUCCAAAUCUAAUCCUGCAGAGAUUAGAAAAGGAAAUCCAGAAAAAUCAUUAGAUGUAACAGCACAGUACUAUGAAUAUGAAGAAGUAUCAUCUCAAGAACUACCAGUAUGUCUUAACCAAUCCUAAACACAUUAAUGUUAAAGUGCUAAAUGAAGAAAAUAAUUUCCGUCCAAUAUUUCAAGUUUUUAAAACAAAUA